AUGGUGUCAACGAAGUCCAUGCAAGCAGCUGAGAAGGCCGCCAAGGCGGCGCAGGAGCAGGCCGUGGCCGCGGUCACGAUGGGGCUGCCGUCCUCCGGCGAUGGCGGGCAGGGAGUUCCUAGUCCCCGGGACGGGGAGCUGGAAGAUGAGACGGAGAUCGAGACGAUCCGAGCCACCAUGGAUCGCCUGGUGGUUGCGUUCGAGAGGGAACGCGUGGAGAGGCCGGCAGAGAGGCCCGAGCGGGAGGAGGAAACCCGGCGGAUCUGGAGCAGGUUCGAUGAGGUCCAGGCGACCCUGGAGACGCUGCGGGGCGCGCCAAACCCCCCACCGAAAAGCAACGCCGGCGGUGCAGGGGAGGGUGGGCUGAGCGCGACGGGGGAGCCGCCGGCGGGCGGCGGCGCGGAGAGGAGCGGGCUGGUCGCGGCGGGCGGCCGUGGUGAUGGAGACGGCUGCGGUGGCGGCCGCGGUAGGCGAGGGCGACCAGGCCGGCGCGACUGA